AUGCUUGAAACAGAUUCGCACUCCUUUCUUGCAAGCAUCAUCGCAUUAGCAGUCAUCAUAGUCAUAUCACUUCUUGGUAUGAUCACUAAUGGUUUAUCGCUACAUAUCAUAAAAACAAAUUCGCAAUUCCGAAACGCCUUUGGCAUCCUUUGCAACGCAUUCUUGUUGUGUAACAUACAAACUAUUGCAAUUAUGCUGAUUUGGGGAGAUUCACGAGAAUUGACAAGUUCAAAAUCAUGGCUUGCUUUAGCACCCGGAUGUUUAGCAAAUACAUCGUAUUAUGGUUCACUCAUAGUGCACUUUCUAAUAGCAGUUAAUAGAUACUGUGCUAUUGCAUAUCCAUUACGGUAUCGGUUUUUUUGGUCGUCAACAAAAACGCGCGUAGCAGCCGCUGUAGCAUAUUUUUUGGGAUUUCUACCCUGUAUACCUGGACUUUUCGAGCCUUGUACUCUGGUCUUCAAUGUGAAUUCCGACUUUCAGUGGAAGUACAGCGACACAAAAUGUGGUAGGGCAAAUGAAUUUUUCGACACAGCAGCGUCAGUCGCAAUAAUGUGCGCUGCCACGUGCAUUGAUUUUGUAACGCUCCUCAAAAUUCGAAAUCACUUUAAAUCGGCUACGGUGCAUCCACAAUGGACAGACACGGAAGUUCGCAGAAGAGAUCUGCGAUUUUUCAAGCAACUUGCAGAUAUUGGUGGACUGGUAUUAACUGUGACGUCUGUUCUUUUCAAUGUCGGUCAAGUUCGUUUUAAAAACAAAUGUUCUUUAUUCUUAGCGUUAUUCUUAGUUACUACGAUCAACGGGGGGAUGACCUCUGUUCCCGAUGGAUAA